AUGGGUGUGCGAAUGGCAUUGCGAUUGCUCCCUUUCCUCUUCAUCGGCGGUGCAUCCAGCUGUGCUCGUCUGCUGAGCUGCCAGCACUACGAUGCAGGCGACCAAGCUCUUGGGGAGGAUGCCUUUCUCACGCUACUGCCGCAUCUCACGUGCCGAGAUGGUGGGUGGCAAGCCACAGUAGCAGCGAGUGUUGGAUGGAUAUCGAUCUUCGGCUACGUCAUCAUUAUUCCAGGCUUCUUGCUGUAUCUGAUGAGCAAGCAGAAGAGCGCGAUUGCACCAAGCAAACGGUCAAUAGCCACUGCAGAGCUGGGACAAGACAUGGCGGUUGUGAGACUGCACGCAUUCCAGGCGCACGACGACGGCACUGAACCAGAGACUCUCGAGAAGGAGCCACGAAUGAAGCACCUCCUGGCUGCGGCAGUGGCGCACAGUGCCGUUUACUUCAGAGGGACCGUGUCGUUUCGGCUGCAGGAGAACCGGAUGAUGCAGGUGCAGCUACUCGAUGCUGCAGAGAUCCAGGACGUGGAGAAUGCAAACAGCACCGCUUCGAUGAUGCUUCGAGACAAGGAGUACGCAGACCAGCGCCGAUGGAUCAAAAUCACGAGGAUGCUCACGGAGCGCUGCGUCUUCCAAGAUGCAGAGAAAGGGGAUCGAAUUCUGGCAGGAGCCGACCGCCUAUUCUGCAAGUAUGUGCUCUUCGAGCUCGUUUGGUUCGAGGUGGUCCUGAAACUCGUCUCGGCGGCUUUCGUCUCUGUGAUCGACAGCGAUGAUGCCCCCACGCUUUGCGCAGGUGUCGCUCUGGUCACGGCCAGCACGUUGGCGUCAUUCCAGCCAUACGUCCAGCGCCAGGCGAAUGAUCUGCACAGCUUCUGCUUCGUGUGUUUGGCAGCCUCCGCUGCCGGCUUCGUGCUGCCAAACGUGUGGGUGGCCCGCUGUGGCUUGGCGCUGCCCUUCCUCCUCGCUUUUGCCCAGACACUCCGUCCAGAUGGACCCGAAUCCCUGGCGCUGCGUCUCUACGAGGUUGCCGAGCAACAGUUGCCGGAGCUGGAGCAGGGUGCGACCAUUGAGCUCUCCGUCGCCACAGAACGCCUUCUGCAGUCUAACGUAGGGUUUUGGGUUUAG